AUGCACGGCAGGAUCGGAGCAUGUGAUCAUGCGACAACAGAUGCUCAAAAUCCGAUUAUCCUUCCAAAAGAUCACUACAUCACAAAGCUAAUAAUAGAAGACUAUCACCAGCGAUAUCAUCAUCAAAAUCACGAAACCGUCCUUAACGAGCUUCGCCAAACAUUCCGAAUUCCGAAAUUGCGAGGAUUGUAUAAGAAAAUCAGAGUAAACUGCCAGGUAUGCAAGAAUCAACGGGCUUCUCCAAAUCCUCCUCCAAUGGCAGACUUACCAAAGGCUAGGUUGGCGGCAUUCGCAAGACCUUUUACAUAUAUUGGUAUUGACUAUUUCGGACCGUUCAAUGUGCUGGUGGGUCGAAGGCAUGAGAAGCGUUGGGGAGUAUUAAUAACGUGUUUGACUGUGAGGGCAAUACACCUAGAAAUCGCACACUCGUUAAACGCAGAUUCAUGUAUAAUGGCACUGAGGAAUUUCAUGGCAAGACGGGGGGUACCUAUUCAAAUCAUUAGCGAUAGAGGCACAAAUUUUAUAGCGGCAAACAAAGAAUUAGCGGAAGCUAUCAAGGAACUGGACCAAGAAAAGAUUAUGCAGGAGAUAAUCAGCCAACAAACGGAGUGGAAGUUCCUACCACCAGCAUCUCCACACAUGGGAGGAGCCUGGGAGAGGCUCGUGCAAACAGUGAAGAAAAAUCUGCAACGGAUGAAACUACCACGAUGUCCAACUGAUGAAAUGCUACGAAAUUGUCUAAUAGAAAUCGAAAAUGUAGUCAAUUCUCGUCCCUUGACACACGUUCCGAUUGAUGAUCCAGAGGCACCUGUCCUAACACCCAACCACUUUAUUUUGGGCUCAUCUAGUGGUCUUAAACCUGCUAUUGGCUUGAGUGAUGGCGAAGUAGUAUUACGGCGAGCUUGGCGAGCGUCACAGGUAGAAGCCAACAUAUUUUGGCAACAAUGGUUGCGUGACUAUUUACCAGAUAUAACCAGGAGAACUAAGUGGUUCAACAACGUAAAGGCGAUAGAGGAAAACGAUAUAGUGUUGAUAGUAGAUCCAGCACUUCCUCGUAACUGCUGGCCUAAGGGUCGUGUUAUUGGAGUAAAACGCGGAAAGGACAAUCAAGUAAGGUCAGCUGUAAUUCAAACUUCGACCGGCAUCUACGAGCGCCCUGCAACGAAGAUCGCUGUACUAGAUGUUCGUCGCGAAGAACAGGUAGGCCAGGUUUCUGGCUUACCCGGGGGGGAUUGUCACGACCCCUCGGUCGGCGCAACUCACUAG